UGAUCAGGUUCGUUGUCAAGGAUUAGCUCUUAGGUUGCAGUUAUGUUAAAAGAAGCAGUGUCAUAUUUUCUCUAUUUUUAUAGUUUGUUGUAUCAGGCCAUAGUACCUUGCUCAGUUCCUGAGCUGUUUCCUGCCAACACUGUGGACCGCCAGAAGUUUCUGGGGAAAUGGUACUUUAAAGCAGCAGUCAGUCACCGAGAGGCUGACAUCCAGAGGUUCAAAGCAUUGGACAACAUUUGGUUCACCAUGGAGGAGACAGGCAAUGACACACUGCUGCUGACUGGACAUAUGCGCAUAGGAGAUAACUGCAUAAAACAGACCUGGACCUAUAGUAUGCAUCCUGAGACAGAUGAUUUGAAAGUGGAAGGAAGGCCGGAGCGGAGGAACCUGCUCUGGAGCGGCAAGUGGGUCAACUGCUCCGAGUGCAUAAUUUUCCAGGAAGUAGAGCCACCUCUAAGCAAGACAGACACAGAGGACUCCCUCAACAGAUACAUGCUGUAUGCUCGCCAGAGUGAUGUGGACCCUGAGGUGGUGACAGUAUUUCUGAAAAAUGCAGCUUGUCAUAAAAUGUUGGCAAGUAUUAGACCACCCCAAGAGAAAGAGUUUUGCACCUAAAGAUUAUCAUGGAGGAUGUUGCUGGAGCCAUGGAACAUCGUGGAUAAUAAUAGGAUUAUUUCAUGUUCUCCUUGUGUAAUAGUGAAACAAAUAAAGCAGUUUCUCCUUAA